AUGUUAUUGUUUUAUUUAAUUGUUAUUUUGUUUAAUAUUAUUCAAAUUGAUUGUUCACUUGAAACAUGUCGUCAAACAUUUGGUUCGAAUAAAUAUGAUCUUAAUCAAUUAAAUCAUAUAACACUUAUUAGUGAAGAUAAAACAUUUCGAUAUGCUUUUAAUCCUUGUGAUUUAGUACCAACAGAUAAAUGUGGAAAAAAUUCAGGUUCAUUUGAACAAGGUAUGACUGCAUGUCAAGAAAGAAUUAUAGGAACUAAGUUUGAAUCACCUAUGGGCUUUCUUGAUGGAUAUGGAAAGUUACCUAAUCUUGAAUUUAGCGAAAAUCCUCAAGGACCAGGAACUGGAAUUGUCAUGAUUAUGCGUAAUGCGAAAUGUAAUCGUGUUGAGCGUUUUGUUCAUGUUACAUUUAUUUGUGAUAAAAGUAUUAAACAACCGACAACAAUGAAUGUAAUUGAAGAUCCAAUGUGUAAAUUUAUGAUUACAGUACAAGCAGCUGAAGCUUGUCCACUUAAAGGAGGUAUUUCAGGUGGAGCUAUAUUUAUUAUUAUCUUGAUUGUUUUAAUUAUUAUCUAUUUUAUUUGUGGAAUUUUAUAUAAUCGAGUUAAACAAAAUCAAACAGGUUUAGAACUUAUACCAAAUCGAAGUUUUUGGCUAAUUCUAGGUGAAUUGUUUCUUACUGGUUGUAAAUUUACUUGGAAUUUUAUUCAUAAUCUCGGUCAAGGAACAUCGUCAUCGAAAAUGCCAUAUGAAUCUGUAUAG